CGUGCGGUGUGAGGGGCGGGACCCGGCUGCCUGCGGAGGGCCUAGCUGGGGGAGGCCGGGCCAUGCUGGUGGGCCAGGGCGCGGGGCCGCGGGGGCCCGCGGUGGUCGCCGCCGCGGUGGUGCUGCUGCUGAGCGGCGUGAUGCCGUCGCACGGCCCGGAGGACAUCGUGGUGGGCUGCGGUGGCUUCGUCAAGUCGGACGUGGAGAUCAACUACUCGCUCAUCGAGAUAAAGCUGUACACCAAGCAUGGGACUUUGAAAUACCAGACAGACUGUGCCCCUAAUAAUGGUUACUUUUGA